ACGUUGUUCAAGUUUUUAUUGGUGGUGUUUUUUGUCAGCUGUAAAACAGCUAAAUUAUUUAAUAAUUUUUUGAAAGCUAAGUUAAUUUUGUGUGAGCAGGCAGAGAAUCAGGACGAUGUCCUAUUUCUCAUGAGUAGCGACCAUGAUCAUUAUUCCGAUAUUGAGGAUUUAUUUGGAGAUAAGCCUCGUACAUGUACAAGGAGUACGGAUGGGACUUUCCAAACAACUGCCACCUGAAUUUGGAGGACGAUAUAUGCAACAUAAAAAGUAAUUACAGAGUACAUUACCAAGACUCCCUUGUGAAGGACCAUGUAUUUGAACACAGGAUCAUUCUGUUUUGUCUUUACGGCAUUUUUGCAACAGUCGCUAGCAUUCCACUGCUCUUCUGAGCCAAAGUGUCGAUGUUUCUACGACAAAAGGAUGGUGGUUGCUGAAUGCAGUGGACUUAAGCUAUCGCACGCUCCAAGAUUCAAUGAAAGUGUUCAAAGUAUCGAUCUAAGCAAUAACCGUCUCUCGGAAAUACCUGCAGAUAUGCCUCCAAACAUCGUUUCCCUCAACAUUGCCGAGAACAACAUCAUAGAUCCUAAAAAAGAAGUUAUUUCAAGAUAUAAACAUUUGCGAUGGUUGGAUAUCGGAAGGAAUUGUUUAUGGCAAAGGCGUAAAACAUGGCCUUCUCGGUUUUUUGAAAACCUGAAGCAACUGGAAACAUUACUCAUGAAAAAUGAUUAUGGCGCAAUCAAUGUUACGGAUAUGAAAUAUUCUCAUGAGUGCUUUUAUGGAUUAUUGUCUUUACGAUACAUUGAAUUAAAUGGGCUACGUGCUGGUAACUUUGGAGAUGCAUUUGAUAAAAAUAAUUCUAUUCAAAUUCUUGUUUUGUCAGGAUACAAGUAUUGUCAUCUUCAGGACAUCAGAACAUACACCUUCAACGUUUUCAAAAAGUUGACAAAUUUGUCAUUGUAUCAGUGUGAACUUACGAAUAUCGAGAAGGGAGCUUUUGCACACAUGAAUGAUCUCGUUCACCUGGACAUAUCAAGCAACAUGAACCUUCAUUUAUCCGUGUUACCAAAUAUCACUUACGAUCUUCGAGAUUCGAAACUACAAACUCUCAUCGCAGAUAGCCUUCAAUGCUCUAGUGGACUAUCACUUAUCUUAACUGUAAAACACAUAGAGAACCUCCAAAACACUUCUUUGAAAAAACUUUCGUUAGCAGGGAACAGAAUUGCCAUAAUUGAUAAAGAUAUUAUGAAAUAUUUACCAAAAUCAUUGACAAAUAUAAACAUGGGAGACAACAUGCUGUUGUUUGGAUUCUACAUUUUUCAAGGUUCAUUUCUUCCAAAUUUAGAAAGGCUUGACGUUGAAUAUACCGGAAGUUAUAGACCGGGAUUUCAAAUAGGCUGUAACACGUGUUCUAACGCCUGUUGCAAGUCAGCAAUUGUCAACGUUUCUAACGCUGUCAUAAAUGACACACCGGAGCCAUAUUAUACAGUACGACUGCCCCCCAAAUUAAAAAUUCUGAAUAUUGCCAAUCAGAGAAUAUAUAGACCAGUUUUAGAGUUUACGUUCUUCCCACAAAACUCUUUAACACAUCUGUAUGCCCAAGGGAAUUUUUUCUAUUCGAUACAACAUAUAACCGGAAUUCAGAAUUUAGAAUACGUUGAUUUAUCGAAUAACUUCUGUUCCAGUAUAACCAUUCAAUCUUUACAAAAUAUGAGCAGUUUAUUAUUUCUCAAUUUGUCUAAGAAUCUUCUAGGAAAAGAAUUGAGAAGUCGAAAUGUAAAUGAUAUGCUUCAUUUUCCUCCCCAUCUGAGAGUACUUGAUCUCUCGUAUAACUGGAUAACGACCUUAGCCCUUGACGUGUUCGCUGUCAGUAGAGAUCUUGAGUCCUUAAACUUGAGUAAUAAUGAGAUAGAAUCCGUGUCAUUUGAUUUGUCGUCUUCUUUAAAAUUGCGUGAAAUAGAUCUCUCCUUUAAUAAAAUCGUUAAGUUGGAUUCCGCAUCGAUGAAAAAUUUAGACUCUCGAAAGACCCGCUUGAGUAUCAAUCUGGCAAACAAUCCUUUGGUAUGCACUUGUCAAAGCCUAGGAUUCCUGGAAUGGAUAAAAGAAUCAUUAAAUAAACACUUCCUAGACCAAGGUAAAUACACGUGUUCAUUUAGCAACAGCACAAAGACUACCUUGGGUGAUUUGGAUCAAGUGAUAUCUACAUUAAAACGCGAAUGUAAAUCCUAUACAACAUUAGUUGUCGCUGUAACUGUUAUUUUACUCGUAACAAUAGUUUGUUUUUCACUUGCUAUUAUGUAUAGAUAUAGAUGGAAACUACGAUAUUUAUAUUACGCAGGGAAGCGAACUUCCAAAGGAUACUCAAAGAUAUUAGAGGAAGGAAGGGAAUACCAUUUUGACGCCUUUAUUUCAUACGCCGAGAAUGAAAGACAAAUCUUAAUUCCAAAUCUAUUGAAGGUGGAGAAGGAAAAUACUUUCAAAUUUUGUAUUCACAGCCGCGACUUUAUGCCUGGUGUGGACAUAAGUGAAAACAUAACCAAUGCUAUUCACUUUAGUAGACGAACUAUCGUUUUCCUGAGUGAAGCCUUUCUUAGAUCUGAAUAUUGCAUGUACGAAAUCCAGAUGACGCGAAUGGAAAGUAUAUAUCGUGGGGGGGAAAACGUUCUUUUCAUUGUUCUUCUGGAUGAUGAUCUCAGAAACAUUCCAAACUUUCUAGAGGAUCUAUUAAGUGAACAGUCAUACCUUCCAUACGAUAAACAAAUCCCGGAAGAGUUCUGGAAUGCGUUGACUCAAGUUUUGAAAAACAAUUAAGAUUUGUUUUAAACUUUCAUCAUUCAGAAUUACUGAAAUAGAAGAAAUCUGAAAGGGCUCGUGUAUAUUGAGCUGAAGUAUACAUGAUUAUUUAUGUUCCAUUUAUUAUGGUUGUAUAUCAAAUUAUUUAUCCAAGUGUUUAAUAUAUUCUUAUAGUAUGUUAAAUUGUACAUAAUUAUAUGUUUACUAUGAUUUGUUUGUAUGUUCCUUUCGUAAAUACUUUCACUCAAUACCAAUACAAAAUGUGUAACUUGUUACCGACUCCGGAUAUCCUACCAGCCAAGCGGAGAUCGAGAGAACAAUGCGUAGGUUAAAAUAUUUGUAUUCCUCGUGUUUUUUGUUGUUGUUUUUUUUACAAUCAAAAGAUUAUGAGUUUUAUAUAUUAAUCAAAAUAAACAUUUUUCAAUGUCAAAGAAAUUAAAAAUCUAUUUAGAUAAAUGUUUUAUUCAAAAGAUUAUGAGUUUUAUAUAUUAAUCAAAAUAAACAUUUUUCAAUGUCAAAGAAAUUAAAAAUCUAUUUAGAUAAAUGUUUUAUUUUUCAAACCUUUCAAAGGAGUGCAAUUUUCUUACUAGGUGCUUGUUGGUUUGACUUGUUUGAUAUGUAAAAUUUGUCUGCUUUAACUAAUAGUGCACUUCAGCAUGCUUUUUCUUUGUUACACAUAUGCCACUUGUGCUGAAAGGGUUUCUUUUCAUUUUAAAGGAUCUCGAGGAAUUAACUUUCAGGGUUUUACAGGAGAUUUUCAAAAAAGAGAAUAAAACAAGAUGCGUUUGUGAAACACAAAUGCCCCCGAUAAUGCCCAAUUCCAAAGAUGGCCAAGGUCACAAGGACAAAUAUCUUGGUACCAGUAGAAAGAUCUUAUCACAAGAAAUGCUCAUUUGCAAGAUGAAAACUUUAAUAUUUACCAUUUAGAAGUUAUGAACGAUGUCAAUUUUUAUAAAAAGUAGGUCAAAUGCCAAGGUCAAAAGUUUAGUACCCACUCAUGUGAAAAAUCAAAGCUCUAACACUUACUGUUCAAAAGUUAUUAGCAAGAUAAAGUUUCAGUCAUAAUGAAAAAAUUACAGAAUGACGGAGUGACAGACAGGACAUAAACAAUAUCCCCCCCCCCGAUCGUCGAUCUCGGAGGCAUAAAAACAACAAAAAACCAACAAUGUGCAAUAUGUUUAUUUUGCAGGAAGUUGUCUUAAAGUAAUUUUCUUUUGGGGGUAGGAAUUUAAUUGGUGUUCAUUUGGGAAACUUUCCUAACAUCAUCCUGUUAGCGUUAUCACUUGUUUUUAACCUAUGUACUGCGCUCAAGGUCGUAGUAGUGAAGGUUCUUUAUCGUGCUUAUGCCUACCGUGACAUAGAACCUCUGCGUGAAGGUCAUAUCCAUAGACCCGUGAAGGUCAUAUUUAUAGACCCGUGGCUUUUAUUUUUAAUAUAUUUAAUAUAUUGUGAUAGUAUCAUAAAUUAUAUUCAAUAUAUUGUGAUAAUAUCAUAAAUUAUAUUCAAUAUAUUUUGAUAAUAUCAUAUUAAAUUAUAUUCAAUAUAUUGUGAUAAUAUCAUGAAUUAUAUUCAAUAUAUGUGGUGGUAUAUUAACUUAUAGGUAUAAUCAUAUGUUGAAUGCAUGACUUAUAUACAUUGUGGUGAUCAAGAUAUAUUAACUAUAUAAUCAUAUGCUUGAUAUAUUGUAAUGGUGUACUAUUAUAUAAAUACAAUUAGAACUGUAAAAUAAAUUGUAGGUAUAUUUUAAAUGAUAACAUCGCAUGCAUUUACCAAUACAUUUGGUUGGAAGAAACGAUUUAUAUCAGAA